UCUUCUGGCGGCUUGUAUCGCCCAAAGAACCAUCACUCGGUCGUACUUAGUGGCCCACAAUUCACCUAAUUUCCCGCUCACUCUAUCGAAAUUCAACACUAGCUGAUAUUUUAAAAUUUUUCCUCAAUUCAUUUCCAUCUAUUCUCUUAUCUCUUUAUUUGUAUUAAAGCUUUACCUUUCAAUUGUCAUUAUUAUUUUAUUAUUCUAUUCAAUUAUUAUAUUUAACGAAAUUGUGAUUGUGAUAUAUCGAGAUUUGUCCAAUAUAUUUCUGCUUCAUCAUUCAAUCUUUUCCUAAGAAAGAAAGAGAAAUAAAUUGUAAAAAUGUUAGUGGAACGCGCGAUACAGUGGAUAUGGAAUUGUAUUGAGAAUGACACAAUGAGAAAAGACAUUCUCUAUAGUCUUGUGGUAUUUCUCGUUGUUAUUGGAAUAGCCAGAUCAAUUCAGUGGUACAAAUAUCUCAGAAAUUUACCACCUGGACCUUGGGGUUUUCCAAUAUUUGGCUAUCUGCCUUUCAUUAAGGGAGAUGUUCAUCUUCACUUUGGGAGACUUGCUGCCAAAUAUGGAUCCAUGUUUAGUGCAAGACUUGGCAGUCAACUUAUCGUUGUCCUCAGUGAUUAUAAGACUAUUCGUGAUACUUUUCGAAGAGACGAAUUCUCCGGAAGACCUCACACGGAAUUUAUGAAUAUUCUUGGUGGAUAUGGAAUCGUCAACACUGAAGGUGCAAUGUGGAAAGAUCAAAGAAGAUUUCUCCAUGAAAAAUUGCGCAGCUUUGGAAUGACUUAUUGCGGAAAUGGACAGAAAAAAAUGGAAUUCAGAAUCAUGAGAGAAGUGGAGACAUUAAUUCGUGGAUUAUCACGGAAAUGUGGAGCUCCAGUGGACGUUUCUCCAUCACUUGGAAUGUCAAUCAGUAACGUGAUUUGUUCAAUAAUCAUGGGUGUACGAUUUAAUCACGGUGAUUCAAGAUUCAAAAGAUUCAUGGCUCUGAUUGAAGAGGGAUUUAAAUUAUUUGGCAGUAUUGUUGCUGUUAAUUUUAUUCCAAUAAUGCGAUAUCUUCCUUGUUUACGUAAAAUUCGCAAUAAAAUUUCACGUAAUAGAAAAGAAAUGGCAGCUUUCUUUCAAGAAACUGUCGAUGAACAUCGAUCUACCUUUGACAGUAAAAAUGUUCGAGAUCUUGUGGAUGCUUAUCUUGUUGAAAUUGAAAAAGCCAAGGCUGAGGGCAGAGAAGCGACACUUUUUCAAGGAAAAAAUCAUGAUCGUCAAAUGCAUCAAAUUCUUGGAGAUUUAUUUUCUGCAGGAAUGGAAACUGUUAAAACUACCCUAGAAUGGGCAGUAAUUUUAAUGCUUCAUCACCCAGAGGCAGCAAAGGCAGUUCAAGAGGAACUAGACCAAGUUGUUGGGCGAUCUCGAAUGCCUGUACUUGAAGAUCUUCCAUAUCUUCCAAUCACUGAAGCUACUAUUCUUGAGGUCAUGCGGAGAUCAAGUAUUGUACCUCUUGGAACAACCCAUGCUACUACUCGAGAAGUAACACUGAAUGGGUUCACAAUACCAGCGGGAGCACAGAUAGUACCGCUACUUCAUGCAGUUCAUAUGGAUCCGAAUUUGUGGGCUGAACCAGAGGACUUUCGUCCUACACGAUUUCUUUCUGUUGAGGGUAAGGUCUGCAAACCCGAAUAUUUUAUGCCAUUUGGCGUAGGUAGACGAAUGUGUUUAGGUGAUGUUCUUGCCAGAAUGGAGCUCUUUCUAUUCUUUAGUUCACUCCUUCAUACUUUCGAUAUUCGAUUACCCGAGGGCACCUCUCUACCGAGUUUAAGAGGUAACGCAGGUGUCACUGUUACACCUGACCCAUUUAAAGUGUGCCUAAUCCAAAGACACCUCGACAUUUCGGAUUUUCAACUCGAAAAAGUUUCAAAUCCAUUGCGAAAUGUUGGUAGUCACUAAAAGUUGUAUUUUAAUUCAAAUAUUUUGUAAAAUCAUGUAUAGUAUUUGUCUCUUUUAUUACAUUUAAUUUAAAAUUAUUAUCAUCAUCAUUAUUAUUAAAUUCAUGUUCAUUUACAUCAUUAUUAUCAUCAUCAUCAUCAUCAUCAUCAUCAUCAUCAUCGAUACCAUUAUCAAAUCAAAGAUUUCGUUAUUACUAGACUUUGAAUUCUCAUCAUUUGUCACACACAUAUACAUUUCAACAUUGAUUCUGGAAAAAUGCUUCUAAUCUUCACAUGUAAAUAGAUUUUUUAUAUUUCAAGAGAAUCAACUGUAUCAAAAUCAUUUUUAAAUAUCAAGUAUUAAGAAUCGUAAUUCAUUAAUAUUAUUUUUAUAAAAUAUAAAUAACCAGUCGAAAAUACGAAAUUGUCGAAUAACAAUGAAUUACGUGUACACAAUUUCAAUAAUUUAAGAAAAAUUAAAAAGAAUAAAAAAAAAAUAGUGCCACAUUAUAAUAUAAUUAAUGAUUAUGUUAAUUUUCUGUAUAAUUAUUUUUAUUAUAAUUAUGAAAAAAAAUAAAUUAUUAUGUUUAAGUAGUUAAACCGACAGCAAAUGUAAUGCAUAAUUGUAAUGGCGUGUCAAAACAGUACAAAACAACACCAAAUUUUUGUCAGCGCCUUUCAAAUUAACUUUAACCCGCCGUUCAUUUUAUUUAUUUAUAUCGACAGCUCCGGAAUAAUAAUGUCGUUUACCUUAAUUUAUUUUUAGUUAAUUAUUGAGUCAUUUAUUAAAAUGAUGCCUUUUAUAAGUCAAACUAUGUGUUAUGUAUGUGUAUAUAUGUAUCGUACAUUUAAUAUAAAACUAAAUUAAUAUUACGAUCACAAUAUAUACACAUGCAUAAAGUUAUAGGGAAAUACAUUAUAAAAUGUGUGAUAUUCAGCACUUCGUAUUGCAGGCAAAUUGGAAGUGAAUGUAACAAUGUGUUUUUUGUAUUAAAUAUUUUAUAUUUAUAAAAAAAUACUUAUUAACGUUUAUUUAAUAUUAAAUACUAGAAGUGCAUUAUAGUAAAAGAAUCAAUUGGGAUUAGAAAAAAGAGAAAGUGAGAGAAUUUUUUAGUGAUAGAUUUUUUAAAUCUUAUUUAUGUGGAUACUUCAUAAAAUUGUUUUUUAUUGUGAAUUUUUAUAU